AUGGUGUCUUUCUCGUGCGAGAACUGUGGUGAUGUUCUCACUAAGAAGAAGCUCGACCCUCACCGUAACCAGUGUCGUGGCGCGUCGUUCACCUGUAUUGACUGCAUGGUUCAUUUCUGGGGCACAGACUAUCGCUCGCAUACAUCAUGCAUGAGCGAGGCGCAAAAGUACCAGGGAGCGCUGUACAAGGAAAAGCCGAACAAGAAGGGUCCCAAGACUCCCAACCAGAAUGCGAAGAACAACACCAAUGCGCGCAACCAGCAACCCCGUGUCGAGGAUGCUUCUGCGUCGGAUGCUGAUCUCGUCAAAUCCCACACCAACCUCCCACCCCCGCCGGCCCCUACUCCGCCUCCCGCGGCUGAAGCCAAGCCCACCGCCGAUGCGUUGAAGAAGGAUACCAAGGCUGUCAACGUCUUCGACUACCUGGUCACCGACGAGACUCCUAACGCGUCCAAGGUCACCUUGGCCACCCCCAAGGAGCAGAUGGCCAUGAACCCCAAGGCCAAGUCCUUGUUCGAGCCUAGCGACGCUCUCGCCAAGUUGGAUACCAAGACGGAUGACGAGGGUCACUACGAUAUCGCAUAUGAGGAGAAUGGCUUUUCGUAUGGCGGAGACUCCAUCCCGCCGUCGAUGUACCCCAACGAGGUACCCAAUGUCUCGGCCGAGUUCGUUACGCCGGCACCCAAGAAGAAGAAGGACCGCAAGGAAAAGCGCUCGGGCACAACCAGCGAGAAGAAGCGUAAGCGCGGUCACGGCGACGAGAUGAGCAGUCCCCACAACGACAUUGAUACUCCUAUGAUGGACGCCCCGUCCAGCGUUAUCAACAACGCAGGCACCCCCAUGCUGGCCCACUCUGGCCUGACCGGUGGUUUGAAUCGUAUGAUGCGCUCCCCCUCACCCAACGGCAACGAAACCCCGGACGUCAUCACCCGUGCACCCUACAACGACAACUCAUCCCCCAUCAAGCGCACGCGCCGCAACGGCAAGGAAGCCAAUGGGGACCAAGGCCUAGGAAUCUCCAUGAAAAACCGUGCCGAGCGCUUCGUCUCCUCCAUGUUUGGCGGCGGUUCCGUCGUCUCAAACGGCAGUAACGUCAGCAAAGAGGACACCUCCCGCGCACUCGUGCGCACCCGCCGCGGCAGCUCAUCCAGCGGCGACGGCCAGCUCGAAGUUCGCAAGAAGAAGUCCCACCGCGAGCGUGACGCUUCGGGCACACACGACCGCGAGCGCGAGCGCAAAUCCAAGCGCAAGAGCAGCAACCCCACAGAUGACCGGCCCUCGCGCCGCCAGAAACAGAGUGAUGAGCGCCGUCGCUCCGACUCCCGCUCUCCCCACCGUGAUAGUCGCCAGGUGACCGUCUACUCCAAGUCGAAGGCACUGACGCACGGUGAAGACCCCUUGCAGCGCGAGAUGGCCACGCAUUUCCUAUCUCUCGUGUCCAAAGAUAGCGAGCGUGGCUGCUCGGUGCACAAGGCUCUGAAGAAAUUCCAUCGCGAUUUCUUGGAUGAGUCUGAUGCUCGGGGCCGUGAUCAGGGCCGCAGUCGUGCGGAUCAUGAGCGGAGAGAAGAUGACGAGAGGGAUCUUUGGCGCUCGCUCCGACUGAGACGGAAUGACCGGGGGGGAGAUUGUUGUUUUUGUUUAGGGAGUUACAUUGCUAGAUUAUUACAUUACUACGACAGUUUGAUCUUGGAAGGACUUUAA